AUGGCAUCAAUGCGGAUUGAAGUGGCUGCAUCUUCUUCACCAUUUCAUUAUGUAUCUCUAAGGGACCAUAAUCACAUCAAGGGACACAAGGGUUAUAUUCAUUCGCAAGGCGUUCGAAAAAAUGGUGAUCAAGACGACGAUGAUGGUUCUUGGUUGCCUUCGAGUAGCCACAACUCCACGGUAACCUCUGAAUAUGAGGGCCCGAAUCAUCAUCAUCAUCAAAAAGUGCAAAACAAUGCUGAUGAUGAUUCGUGGCUUCCUACUGUUAACGAAAGAAAUGGCAAGUACGGGACAACCACGAAUGAAAUGCAAAAUGAUUUUGAUUAUUCGUGGUUGCCUUCUACUUUCAUUGAUAACAAUAAAAACAAACCGAAAUUUGAUGGUAAUCUUAAGAGUAAGAAUAAGAACGCUAGCCCGAGGCAGAAGAGUUAUAACAACAAAAGUGGCGCGACUAGUUAUAGUAGUAGUAAUAAUAGUAAUGGGAGUCCACAAAAGAAAUCAAGGAAUGGUCAUUGGGCGUUGGCACGAGAGGUUGUCUUUUCGUGUGAGCAAGAAAGCCAAAACAAGGAGACUAUGAAAAAGUCUUCGGAUUCUUCAAGGUUUCAACAACCAGAUUCUCCUUCGAGAUCUAGAUAUGUAGUUGAAUCUCUGACUUCUGGUGGGGUUUCUUCUCUUCUUCAAAGAUGGAAAGAUUUGGCUGAGACUAAGAACUCAAACAAAAAUGACAAUGGUUCUUCUUCUUCUAGUAACCGAAACAAUUUAGAAUCACCAUAUAAAGAGAAGAAAAACAGUUCUCCUUCUAAUAGUCUUAAUGACUCGAAUGCUGGUUGGGAUUCUGAUGCAAGUCGUACUAGAAGGCUUUCGGCACCACUUCCAAGUCGGGAUGCCAAUGAUUCAAAUCUUGGUGGUGCAGAAAAGGAAAAGAUUCGGGUGGUGGAUAUUGUCAAGAAGUUGUCAAGAGAAGAAGAACUGGCUGCUUCUCAUGGUGGAAAUGUGAAUGCAUCAUUGCCUCCUAUUCGGACCACAUUAAAACAUAGACAUAUUGAAGGAGAACAGAAAGGUUUUAAAGGUGUUAAAGUAUCAAAACAUCUAGUCCGAGGACGACAAGCUUUUAACAAUUUUCUAAUGCAAAUGGAGCGUGAUAAACUUCACGAGCUCAAAUGGUUGGUGGAACGUAAAUCUGUUUCAAAGUUUUCAUAUCGAGGCAAAAUUCAGGCUUCACUUAGAUUUAAAAUCCUUCGUCUUGGAGUUGAACCUGAACCAAAAACAGAUGUCAAAAGGCACAGACAUUGCGUUUCAAAAACACUUGAAUCUGAUAAUCGUUUGGAUAUCAGAAAUCUAAGGGAAAGGUUUAAUUGUGAAAUUGAAAAAGGAGCAAUCAAUUCAAGGAAAGACAAACAAAAUGUGAUCAAGAACACUUUUAGUGAGGAAACUCCGUUCACCAGCCCCACGAAAACAGAGGUGGAUGUUAAGACCAAGACCAACACUGACACCAGCCACAUGAAACAAGAACAACAGCGAAAACCAAAAGCAAAACCAGAGUCAAUGGCCCCGAAGCAAUCUACACCAUACCCGAAAAUUUCUUGUAAAGAUGUGGUUCAUGAAGCCAAAUUUGUUGAUAGUUCUUCCCAUUUCAUCAAGCCCAAGGAAGAGAAGCAGUAUAAAGAUUGUAAUAAGUUUGAUUUUUAUGAAGAUGAAAGUCGAUUCGUGUCAUCUAAAGAAUCAUCUAGUCCAGAUAGAGGGGUUUGUGAUUCAGAAGAGACUAGCUACACUGGUAAGAAACAUGUAUAUGAAAACUUUGAUGAUUGGAUGACAAGCGAAUAUUCUCAACCACGUAGUGUUUUGGAUGAAGAAGAAUCUUACGAUAUGGAGAUGUAUGACCCAAAUUAUGAUUGGAUCAGUGAUAUUUCUCGCCCGAAGAGUGAUUGGGAAGAUAUGAGACGAUUAAGGUAUCAAGAGAUGUCAUUUGGAAAGGCAGACAUACAACGACUUCUUCAAAGAAGAAGUGUAUCAAGCUUUCUAGGAAGUAGUCUACGUGACGUAAUAGACCAGCUAAUGGUGAGUCGCGUCCAACAAUCUCAUGUUCCGGUAGAAAAUCUGGUGGUAGGGGGAGAGAAAGAAGAGUCAAGGAAGGAAGAGGUUGACCGAGAAAAUGUUUAUGUGGUAGAUGAAGAUUGUAGGAGUAGAACUGAGACAAAAUGUAGUGAAUAUAGUGAAUACAUAGAUCAAACUCCACACUCAGAACGUUCUUGGAGAUCACCUACUGACGUUGUUUAUAACUCUGAGACUGCAACUACAACGACAUCUCCAUCUUUAGAACGCUCCCCGAAUUCUAAUCGGUCCCAUAACAAUAGUACUCCACAAUCCUCUUCUGCUAACACUCACCAAAAUAUUGAAAUGGAACUCAUAUAUGACUUGAGAGGACAUAUGGAGCAAUUACAUCAAGAGAUUAUGGAACUGCGCAAAUCCAUAAAAAGUUGUGUUAACAUGCAACUCAAAAUGCAACAUACCUUCAAGCAGCAUGUUGUUGCUAAUGCUGCAGCUUGUUCAGUUCAGAAAAAGGAAAGGAAGCCACCCAGUUUGGUGAAGCAGGAUUGCUUUAUAUGUGGCGAUAUGCACGUCGAUUCACUUCUAUACAGAUGUGGGCAUAUGUGCACUUGCUUUAGAUGUGCGGUGGAAUUGCAACGCACCAGCAGGGAAUGUCCUGUGUGUGAAGCUCCAAUUGUAGAUGUUGUCAAGGCAUUUGUUCAUGAGAGUUAG